AUGCCCACAACUCUCUUCGUGCAACAACACAACCACUCUCUGUUCGACCACGGCCACGGAGAAGACCCAGAGGUCCACUAUUUCCAUCACUCGAAGGCACUUUAUAUCAUCACCGAGCAUGAAUACGUCCACUCAUUAAUCUCCUCCGCCGCCCAGCGCGAGCCUCGCUUCAAAGUGCCUCCCGGCUUGGUCCCCUCGAUCCGCAUUGCACCUCCUUCACAACAAUCGAGGUUGAAGAACGCACCACGGCCGCUCAUGGCGACCAUGACCUACGCUUCAGAGUCCAGCAUGGGGCUUGGGGGAGCUCCAGGCUCGCCGCCGGAUCUCACAAACUCGAAAUCGUCCAAGUCCUCGUCCUUCCAUUCCUCGAGUCUCUCGGAUAUCGUGGGCCCACACGACCUCUCCCACUUUGAGGAUAUAAAUUUGGAUGAUUUGCAAGGUGCCUAUGCCCCCUCGUCCUUUCCCAUCCCUCCUUCACCGUCUAAUCGCGUGCUUUUUGAAGCCCCUCGAACGUCCAUCUCCUCAAUGUCGAGUAGCCGGACUACAGCCCACCCACACGCUCCAAUACACUCGUUCCGCGAUUUGACAGGUGGCUCCAAACCUCGGUAUCCUAGUUUAAAGGGGCAGGUCAAUGGGGCUGUGCGGAAUCAGUCAGGAUUGAAUGCUCCAGCUCGGUCAAUGCGGCGAGGAUUUACUUCGCCAUCCGCUCCAUCUCUUGCCAACAUACCGAAUCUGUCGUCUAUUGGCCGCCGGUCACGCUCCCCCUCUCCGUCACACCCGCAAGCCUUCCCUUCGGCGCCUCGCACACUCUCUCGAAGAUCCUCCCGCAACCUUGAAGUUUCCCCUUCCCCUUCCCUGGGUACUCGGCGGCAGUCAUGGCAGCAUAGCGCACGUAAAACUGUGAAAGAGUUAGAAGCAGAAUGUGACGAUGAAGAUGAUGAAGUACCCGAGGAUGCCGUCAUCUGGAAUGUCCCAAUUUCCCCUCGCCCUCCGCAAGAGCGAUCCGCAGCUCCAUCAGCCUGCAACAGCCCACCCCAGACAACACCAAGCCCUGCAACAAGCCGUCCAGGAUCAAGCAGGGGCCCGUCUCCACACCGGUCAGCGUCCUCGAAACCUUCGCUAGCUUCCUCAAGACCUUCACCAUUGCAUGGCCCGCGACAAUUUUCCCAACCACCGUCACCCAAUCUUGCUCAAACUGAGAAUAUACCACCUACACAACACCUAACUCGGCAGCGGACUAAUAUCUGGGAAGAAACAUAUACAACGCUGGAUCCAGACGCAAAGAAAAUCACGGAAGCGUUGGAGGAGUACCAGGCUGAGUUUGAGCGGAAACAGGAAAUUGUCCGACAACAACCUGGCCUCUCACGAACAAGUUCAGCCGAGGAGACGAAGCCGAAGUCUACCACAACCGCACUACCACCACUACGAAAGAACGAUCCGCUCAUUGACCCAUUCCAGCCCUCCAAAGAGAAGCAGAAACACCUCUCACGAACGCGGCCAUCAUGGCUUCCUCCGAAGGAUCCAAAGGAGGAGAAGAAACAUAUCAAGGAGUACCAGAGGAUUAUGGCCCGUGUACAGGAAGCUGAACGCAUCGAAGCCCAACGCCAAGCAGAACAGAAGCUCGCUCGAGAAAAGGCGGAAAUCGUAAAGGCAAAUUACUGGGAGCAGCUUCUGUUUCCCCACUGGGACACCGAAAUGUCUACACCCGCGAGCCGCGGGUCCCAUCGCCAGAUCUGGUGGAAUGGAGUUCCCCCAAAGCUCCGUGGUACUGUCUGGAUGAGGGCAAUCGGAAACGAUCUGGAGAUUUCCGAAACCACAUUUAAGAUUGCUCUUGAGAAAGCUAAGACGGAGUUGUGUAGCCCCGAAAACUCUCCUCUAUCUCUUAUUGUCGAAAAUACGAAACUCGUCUUCCCAGAGUUGAAGAUGUUCGCUCCCAGCUCGGGCAUCUCUGAAGAACAACCAUGUCACAAGGAUCUGGUUAACGUAUGCCUUGCAUAUGCUUCGUACCGAUCCGAUGUCGACACUCUCUCCAGUAUUCACCACAUCGCUGGCCUCUUCCUCCUCAACAUGUCACCUCUCUCCACUUUCAUCUGUAUCUGCAACCUCAUGAACCGCCCCCUCCCACUCUCCUUCCUCACCAAAGACCAAGCCGCCAUGACGGCCGCCUACUCCACUACCCUCUCUGCACUCUCAAAAAAGGCACCACCUCUCGCAACUCAUCUCGAGACUCUCCACGUCGAACCCCGCGAGUAUCUCGAACCGAUGUUUUCCGCCUUAUUCUGCGAUCGUCUAGACUUGGAGCACGCGGCGCGAUUUAUGGAUGUCUAUGCUAUCGAAGGCGAUAAGAUCCCUCCCAGGGUUGCCGUUGGCGUGUUGUGUUUGUUGGAGGGGAAGUUGUAUCAGGGCGAUGCCGGGGAUGUGUUGUGCGUCCUUGGAAUGAAGGGCGUAGAAAAGAGAUAUACACUUGUUGAUCCCGAUGCUUUUAUGGGAAAGGUGUUUGAGGCGGGGAAGAGUUGA